AUGUUUCUCUGUUCAUGGUCAAGUUUGUGUCUCAACGUGCCAGGACCGGAGGACUCGCCAUGGCAAAUCUUCAGACGAAGAGUCUACUUGACUGCCCUAGCUCUUCUGGGACCUGAGUUUAUUUUCCAAAUUGCGCUGUCCCAAUGGGAGUCUGCCCGUCAGUCGGUGGUGGAUUUUCAAGACUUGGGAAUCGAAUGGUGGACGAUAACGCACGCAUUCUAUGCAGAUAUGGGUGGAUUUGUCCUGAAAGCCAAGGACUCGGUGCCUUUUCCAAUUAAUGCAAAACAACUGCAUUAUCUGGUCGUGAAGGGUUAUGUGGAGCUACCAAGAGUCGACGAAAAGGUUAUAGACGACAAGAACAAGGUAGACGGGAUGCUACGACUCAUCACUCUUUGUCAAUGUCUUUGGUUUAUUUUCAGUAUCUGUGGACGUGCAUCGCUGGAUCUAGCUAUUACCACGGGCGAACUCACGACCGCGGCAUUUAUUGUCUGCAGCGUUGCAACCACGAUCUGCUGGUAUCAUAAGCCAGCCGAUAUUCGCACCUCGGAAGUCAUCGAGACAGAUACAACUAUCGAGCGGAUACUAGCCGACGCAGGAGUGGUGGCUAAAAGGCCGUGUCGCUAUACGCCGCUUGACUUUGUCACUCGAAAAGAGUGGCCGUGGUCUUUGUACUGGUCCAACUGGGUUAAUAUACUUCGCAAGAUGCGUAUUGUGAUCUACCAACAACGUCGGCCGGUUGAUCGAUUUCAAAACACCCUGAUAUCCGAGCCUUCGGCGUUUGGAUAUGGGAUGUUCCUACUCUUGACAAUCAUCUACGCAUCCAUUUUUGUCUGUGGCUGGAAUUAUAGCUUCCCGACCAUCGCCGAGCAGCGACUAUGGAGAAUAUCAUCCACAGCCGUCUUGGUCUGCGCGUUUCUUUUCUGGGCAAUUGGGCAUUUUGCCUUUUCGGUAUAUCCUACUCAUAUCCGGCCGCUGCUCGAAGUCCGAAGGUGCAGCAGAAUUUCCGACGAAGAGGCAUCGUCGCCAAGUUCUGCGUGGAUCAGUUUCAAGCAACGGGCACAGCGCGUGUGCGACCGGGUCAGAAACAACUCGAUUGAACGAGAUCCAGAACUUACCGUUCCAUUGAAGGCAAUGUUGCCAAUAUACGUGAUUGGCGUGGUAUAUUGCCAUGCUCGAGCGUACAUAUUUCUUGAAGACAUCCUUGAACUUCGAUCACUCCCAGCGAGUGCGUAUAGCACAGUUGAAUGGGUUGACUUUUGGCCCCACGUAUGA